GCUGAUGGUCAUCAAACAAGCGAAGGAAGGGCGUGGGGGAAAGGGCAACAUCACGGUUGUCAUGGAAACCUGUAAGAGACGCUGAGUACAACACAACACGUCAUGUCAUACAUUGGGAUUGAGCUGUCAGACGGCGGACCUGCCGGGCUCGGAGUUUUGAGCUAAGUUGAAACGGCCGAACAAACGUGUGUCUGCAUCAGACGUAGACGUCUCACCGAAAAUGGAUGCCCUGGACGACCUGGAGGACGAUUUAUUUGGGACGUUAUUAGGGAGGAAAAAUUCUUCUGCUGGACCAGAAAUUUCGAAAUCUAACACACAAGCCACUUCUGGUAUAAAGAAGAAAGUUGUGUUUCAUGACUUUAAUGAAGAUGAUCCAUUAGGGGAUCUGCUCUCAGAGGAGGAAGACUCCCAGCCCAAUACUGGUGCCAAUAUAAAAGGAAGUAUCAUGUCAGAUUUAUUUGGUAUAAAAGGAAAUGAUGCUUUGGAAUCAAACACUCACCAAAACAAAUCUCAACCGAAGAUAAUUUCAUCAGUCGACAAUGUAGCAGCAGCAGCUGACAAAUUAUCAGCAAAGUCAGGUGAUCAGAGUGGACCAUCAAUUUCUGCUCCAACUGAAAUCACUCAGGAGAUACACAAAGCUAUCCCCCUUCCACGAAGUAAUAUACUUACCAAUAAUGCAGUAGCAACCAGCACUACUGAUAGAUCUGGUAAAGCUGGGGACAAGUCGAAAAAAUCAUAUCUGAUGGAGGAUCUGUUUGGUAACAGAGAGAAGGAUAAGGUUCCACUUAAAGAUACGACUGUUGCCGGAUUAGAUAUAUCAGAGAUUCAAAAAAAGUCUGAGCAGUUGUCAAAACCAAAUUCCAUAGGAUACGCGCCUACCCUUUCUGCUCCCAGAGAAUCUCGCAGAAGUAGGAGAAGCUCUGGCGGGAUUAUAGAUCCUCUCGGGAUGUUUUCUUCCCCAACUUUGGCAUCCGAGACAUCUACAGUACAGAAUACCGAGGUAACCGCAUCGAAAUUGGAUUACCCAUCAUCCUCUGGACUAAAGGAUGCUAGAACGAUAGUUGGUGAAUCUGUUAAAAGCAAUCCAGAGUUACCAUCCGAUGAUUUACCUGAGUGGCUAGGUGGUUCGAAAAAGUUUAGCAAAAACGUUACGCUGGCCAUAACUAAGUCUGGGGACAAAACUUUGAAUACUGCUCACGCAUUAGACACAUCACGCGAUCAAGGAGUUGAGAAUCCUGAAGAUCUUCCAGCUCAAUCAAGCUUGGAUCAUUUACAAAAUUAUCCUGAACAUUUGUCGUUGAUGACCGGCAUUCAAUUCGAUCAGCAGGCAACAACGUUAUCCCUGCAACAACAGGAGCAUGAGUUGAGGACAGCAGUGACGUUGUCUCGACAAAGUGAGCAGUUAAAUAAGAUGAUUGAAAGCCAAAGAGGAAGGCUUAAUGAUCAAGAGAAACAGUUUAGUCUACUCAUAAAACGUCAAAUUGACCGACAAGAAUUGCUUGAGGCACAAAUGAAGGCACAGCAAGAUCGUAUAAAUAGCCACCUUCAGGCAUUGUUAGCACAACCUAUUUCUGUCCCCUUCAUGCCACCAACGAUUCAGAAUAACGAUUUAAAUAAAGGCAGUGAUGAAAACAAAAAAGAUCAGAACACAUUAGAAGUAAUUAUUCGUAAAUUAGAAACCGAGAAACUUGACUUUGAAAAUAUUAUUGAUAAAUUAAAAGAUCAGCAUUCAAAAGAAAUCAGAAUAAUUGAAGAGUCUUAUAUGCGGCAAAUAGAAAUAAUGAAUCAAGGAUCAGUGAGAUUAGAGAAGCGCUUGCGCCAGGAUGUAGAAUCGGCAGAAGCUGAUUAUGGGGCUAAAAUACAGAAGAUGAAAGAAGAGCAAGAAAGUCUGAAAAUAGCACAUGGUGAGGAAUUAGAAAACCUUAAGAUGGAACACAUAAAACAAAUACAAGAAAUAAGAAACCAGCAACAUCGUAAUAUACAGCUGGUACAAAAUGAGUAUAUAGAAACUAUUCAAAACAUCAGUAAGGCCAAAGAGAUUGAACAACAAACUAUAAAUAGUGCCACCAUUCAGACUGCAGCUCUUAGUGAUACACUGCAAGUCAUGAAAAAUACAAUUAGUGAGAUUGAGGAGUUGAAAAUUAAACUCGAAAAUAGUAUGGAUGAAAGUAACAAAGCCAAGGAAUAUAUUCUAAAGCAGCAUAUUGACGAAAUAAAAGAUUUGAAAGAGCAUUUAAAGAAACAACAUGAAGCUCUAGAAGUAGAUCGUAAGGACUUGGCUGAAGCCCUGCGGCAUUUGGAUGAUGGAACUGUACGUUUGAUAUCUGAAUUUGAUAAACAUACUAAGGAAAAUUUAGAGGCUGAAAACAGACUUAAAAGUAGAGAGGAAACACUUAUUCGGGACAGAGAGUUGCUGGACCAGCAUAUUCAGUGGGAGCGCAAUCAUAUACAAGUAAUGAAAGAAACAUGGAUCAGAGAACAGGAGCGCCAGAUUAAGCAACUCUCUGAAGAACGGAAUAGCAUCGCAACAGAGAGAGCAAGACUAGAAACAAUUCAGAGAUUAAAAUUCGACAACGACGAUGUAACCAAAGCUGAGCUUGAGGCUACUCUUUGCACAGCACGUGAUGCCACUAAUUUGGCCAACCGAGAAAGGCAGAAAUGGAGAGAGAGGCUAAACGAACUUCAGAUAGAAAAACAGAAGAUCAAGGAAAAAGAAAAUGCUUUAACACUCCGUGCCAGAGAACUCGAAGAUUUGACUCAGUCUGCUUUAGAAAAACGAGAAGAAGGUCUUAGAGCAUUGAAAGAAGCUCACCAUCUUGAUGAACAGCACAAGGCAUACUUUGGUCAGCUACAAAUGCAAUCAGAAGCAUUGGCACAAAGAGAAAACAAACUUGCAGCUGAAAAAUUAGCUUUGGCAAGGUAUAUACGGAUUUUGGGGCUAGAAAAAAUAGAAAGAUUGGCAUUGAGGAUGAAUCAACCAGAGAAACCUGAGAAAGAUACAGGCGGGUCAGAGUUCCAUACUGAACAGCACUCUCAAUAUGCCUUGCAAUUCAACAAUUUUCAUGAUUCCCAAAUAAUUACAACACAUUUUAAGGACAUCGUAGAUCCACGUUUGGUGCUAUUAAAGUUAGGUUUGGAUAACGAGCUAGACGUGACUGAUGACUGUCUAGGAACUGUGUAAAAUAUUGGUCAAUAGUUGGCCAAGUUGUUAUAAAAGUAUAAAAAACUGUUGUAAAAUUAUGUAAUUAUGCAGCAUCACACUUUCAAUCUUUCUUCAUCUACAAGCCUGGAUCCUCAUCUGAAAUGUAUUAAAAUAUUUUGCUUGUGUCCGAC